AUGUCCCCGGAUGUGAGUUGUGGUGGCGAGUUGGAAAAAGUCAUCGCACCGAAGGGCACAAUCCAAGCCGCGCACGAUACGGAAAGUUUGCAUCAUGUCUCCGCGCAACUUCCUAUAACUCAGAGGAUAGAGAUUAAGGUAAGUUAAGCGGAUCUCGUAUGACAGUGCACUUUGACCUCUUACUAAUUUUGUUGCUCGCCUCUGCACCCUUUUGAGCAGAUCGUAAUCCUGGUGCGUCCACGGUCUCCAGGCCUGAAUUGCAUAUUCGAGAUGGGGCCUUAUAAACGUGCCGAAGACUUUGGUGAAGCAGUCUUCAUCGAAAACUACGAAUGCCCGCUUGAUGGCAUAUAGAAUUGACGUUGCGGCCUUGGCCGCCUUAGAGCAUUGUGUAGAAGGUUUUAGGCUGUCUGCAACCCAAACUCCGAGAUCUUUCUGAGUUUCUGCUUCUCGGAGUGGCAUUCCGUUCAGAUGGUAUUGCCGCGUACUAGGGCUCUGAUUUCCGAGGCGCAGAAUGGUGCAUUUGUUCCAAUUGAAGGACAAGAGCCAUCUACGGGACCACUCGUCCAAUCGACAAAGAUUUUCUUGGAAGUUGGUCUCAUCGGCAGCAUUCUGGAUGACUUUCCAGAUUUUUAUGUCAUCUUUACACAGUAUAUUUCGAUUUCACUAAGGCUUUUGAUCGUGUUGACCAUGCUCUUCUUCUCUUAAAACUGUCCUCUUUCGGAAUAGGUGGCAAACUUUUGAAUUUUAUAUCCUCUUAUUUGGGCACUCGCACACAACGAGUUAAGAUUUCCAAUACCAUCUCCAACCCCACACGUGUGAGGAGUGGAGUCAUGCAGGGUAGUGUACUCGGCCCGCUUUUAUUUUGCCUUUUCGUUAAUGAUGUACCCGAUUUAUUUCAGAAUGGUAAGCCUUUCAUGUAUGCCGAUGAUCUUAAAGUUGCAUAUCGAUAUAGGCCGGCAGAUCAUGACAUCGUGCUUGAGCUCCUAAAGAGCGAUCUACAGGCUUUCGCCCAGUGGUGCCGCACAUGGCGCCUUUCUCUUUCUUGGCAUAAGUGCUCAGUCAUGGUGGUUGGCGACGACCGCCAACCUCAACUAAGUAUUGAAGGUCACGCAAUAAAUGUGCCAGGGGUUAUAAAGGAUUUGGGCGUAUCAUACUCCAAGAGUCUUAAUCUUUCGGAGCACUGCGCCUUGAUAGUCUCCAAAGCACGUAGAACGGCCGGGUUUAUCCUCCGAAAUUUUAAAACUAGGGACAUUAGAAUGCGCCUUUUAAAUAUGUACGGUAGACCUGGUCUGGAAUACUGUUCGUUUUAAUUUAGCCUCAUGCGUGCUACUGAGCGGAAGAAAAUAGAAUCCGUUCAACACUUUUUUACCAAGAGAAUUUUAACACCGGAACACCGACAUUUGUAUUACCAAGAACGUUGCCGGCUUACAGGCCUCGAUCCUUUAUGGUUCCGUAGAUUACAAAAGGGACUAUUUUUGCUAUUUAAACUCUUAUAUAAUCACACAUUUAACCCACUCACCUCUUUAAGACAUCAUAUCCACCCACGACGUAACAGUCACCGUGGGGUCUUCUUAUUUCUGCCUCUCGCACGUACUGUUCAAUAUCGUCGGUUCUUUUCUGUAAAUGAAAUUGCUAUUUGGAAUAAACUACCCAUGAGUGUGAAAACUCUGCAAAAUUUUCCUUUAUUUAAGAGAACUAUUACUCGAUUUUUGCAUUCAGAAAAGCUCCCACAAAUUUUGGGUGCUGAAUCUACUGAUCGACUGUACCGUAGCGAUGGCGUUUGUGGUCUCUGAACACUAUGGCCGGUCUCACCAGCUGUUCCCCAACGCCUCUACUUUGACUAUCCCCAACUUCAUGAAAGGAAUUUGACGUCCGAUGAUCUCCGAUACCGUGCAACCUCCCCCCUUCUUGACGGUCGAUAUUCGCCCACCGCCGGCAGUUUUUUCUCCUGAGCCCUCCAAAUCACAAAAACCAACAUAAACUAUAUUUUUAUCCCUUAAGAUCAGGAGUUUUUUUCAUUGGCGGUCGGAUUUAUGUUUAAUCGCUCCCCUUGACAAUGCCUGUAAACUGGCAUUAAAUACAAAUUUAUUUAUUAUUUAUUUAUUUAUAAACAUGGCGCAAUCACAGUCCAACCCAUCUACGCAAUCAUUGAUGAACAAGAGAAAGAGAGUUGGUCCGAGCACCGAGCCUUGUGGGACCCCACUCUCUAUGAAUGUGAACCUUGAUUGCGGAACACUGUCAAACGCCUUCCGAAAAUCAAUAUAGGCAACAUGCACGGUGUAUUUAGGAAUCUGUCAUAACGUGUAUGGCGAUCGAUUUAGAUUUGUUUCCCCACUUUACGGACAAAUUCGCUGUAACCUACAAUGAUUAUUUCGCAUUGUCGGCGAGAUGGCUAAGAGUCUGGACCUAUAUAUGGGGUAACUAGCCCGAGGCGGUUGUAAUUUCAGCCUGUGGAGAUAUUCCAACAUCGAUUUGACAGGCACAUGAUGCGGCUACUACUUAGUCGUAAUAGCCAAUUAACUAGUACCUAAGCCUGUUUUCACUUCACGCUGCAAUUUCUGCACAUCAUUGCUAGUUCUUCCGGUUUCUGUGCGACGAAUGGGGUAUGAUGAUGUCCAGUUGUGGUUUCAUGUGAUGGUCGUAGUAGGCCGCUAACUUGUUAGUGGGUGCUGACUACGCCUGCCAUCCAGCAACUAACACCAAGCUCUUACCCGUGGCUCCUCGAAACUAGGCUCUGUCUAACGGCCACACCUCGGCAACCGCCUCGAACGGCAGGCUAAGCCGGGUGAGGGUACCCGGUAACUCUGCUCCUCUACCCCCCCCCCCACCCUUCCAUUUCCCAACCCCCUACUCCCCUUCACUCACCCUCCUCCCACCCUUCCACUCACACUUCCCAUCCUUCUCCCCCUCCCUAGCCCUAUUCUUUCCACUCAACGCAAUUCCCCCACGGCCGAAAAGUCCCACGGCGAGGGCGCCAUGCAAUCACGUAGGCGGCGCAAGCCAAUCGGAUCGGUCUCUCAUCAAACUGAUACGUGAUCCGUAUUGGUGUUCGGCAGCGGUCUGGGGUGACUAAGCAGCCCUAUUUGGGGAGAGUCCCACCUACCCCAUGAGCGGGAGGGGCUUUAAAAUGUGCCAUUGACAAAUGUUGGGUUCACAGCACCUUAGCGCAGGCCGUGGUUCGCAGAUGCAAAAUACGUGGACGAAACCGUCAAACACGAAAUAACAAUCUCUUUUCCCCUCUCUCCUUCAUAGGCUGUUGGAGUGAGUCCGCUCACUCUGCCAGCCUGGAGUGUUCGUUGGCUUUUUAGACAAUGCGAGGUGCAACCGACCGAUACGGAGGAUGGCACUAGUCUCUCGGAACUGGAGCGCUACAGGGCUGACAUCGCUGUACAUAGCGAGACUCGAUUAUCCGAACACUGCCACCUGGAGGAGUUGGGUGCCGGCUACACCUUCUACAGGAGCGGUCGUCCCAGGGCAAAGUGA